AUGACUUCCGAUCACCGGCGACUCUAUAAUAAUUCUUUCUCAUACUCGAACCCUAGAUCUCGCCUCCUACCAUCCUACAUCUCUAUGGCGACACGGCUCAACAGAAACUCCACCACAUCUAACGAAAGAAUUCUGGGAGACAGAAUCGUGCCUCAUUUGUGGUUUGUGGCCUAUACUACUGCUUCACCGCCCUGCUCCACUCUUAUCUGCCCUAGCUUGUCCGUCCUCCACCACCUCCUUCAUAUGGUUAUGUUUAUGAAUGUUCUCAACAAGGAGGGUCUUCAAGGCCACAAAGAAUGGCUUACUGAAGUUAAUUUCCUUGUUCAGCUUAGACAUCCCAAUUUGGUGAAAUUGAUUGGGUAUUGCUAUGAAGAUGACCACAGAUUGCUUGUUUAUGAGUUCAUGUUUCGAGGAAGCCUUGAAAACCACCUUUUUCGAAGAGGUAGAAAUACAAUGCAUGGACAUAAAAGUGGUACGGAUGUUCUGCUGGAUCUAUUGUCAAGAGAGUCACCACAUGCUCCUGCUUCUGCUACUCAAAAAAGCUCAUAAGAAGAGGAGAAUGGGCAGCCAUAUCCACCAAUUCUUGCAUUCGAGGUUGGUGCAUUGAGCCUAAUGUUCAACCUGUCUGAGCAACCUGGAAGUCAACAGAUAACUUUAAUUAAAGCAAAAUUCACAAACAAGUCUUCCCAGGUCUAUACAGAUUUCAUCUUCCAUGCAGCAGUGCCUAAGAUUGUUCCUGAAGUGACUGAGCUUCUUGUUGCUCAAUUUAUGUGGUUGGAUUAUGAUAAUCCACCUAAGCCUAUUUAUCUUUACAUUAAUUCAUCUGGAACACAGAAUGACAAAAUGGAGACAGUGGGGUCUGAAACAUAA